GUUUAAGAGCCCAUGAAUUUUAUUUGGAGCAGUCUCUAUCCGAAAUAUUUAGUUGCCUUUCAGUCGUUCAUCAUUAUGCAGACUGUUAGUUUACAUUGGAGAGUCAACAUCUGAAGCUGAAGCAUAAAAAUAGUCUCGCACAGAAUGGACCAUCUACAAGGUAUCUAAGAAGAAAUGAGUUUUAAAGCCAUAUAAAACUUUUGCUGCUAGUAAACGGGUGCUGAAGGAAAUUUCUCUAGAAUUCUUUAUAGCGAAGUCCAAGAGUAGCUGGCUAGGGUCGUACUCAGGAAAUAUUAACUUCUAGAGCACAGUCAAGAUUCGUGCAGCAGAAAGUCACGAAGUGAGUUUCACAAGAAAUUGAAGGUGAAAGGAACUAUAAGGGUUUGAUAAUGAAAAGUGUUCCAGAUAUCAUCAUGCGGAUUCAUAAUUAUCCGAAUACUCUUCCGCCCUUGUUGUGCCCCAUAUUCGCUAAACUCCGGAUACACAAAGAGCAGGUCUUUAGGCGCCUCUUUGACAAGAAGAGAAAGAGAGAGAAAUAAAGAAAGAGGGUAUUCUCUAUUUCAAGAGUCUCCAAGAGAAGGAGUAAGUACAGUUUCGGCUAGAAUUCGAUCAGCUGUAGUUCUACUGGAAGAAAAGGGCAGAAAAGGGAGAAUACGUGAUCAACCAUGUGCACAUAAUGCAGCCUUGGUAAAGCGAACUCAGGAUAACACAUAGGACGGUUCGAGAAAAUCGCACCUUUCACCUCUAUUGACUCCAACCACGAGCACCAAAAAAUCAACGCCUUCACUCUCCACUUUUCUUCCAUUAUGAAAAGCUAAAAUCAAUCUAUCUCGCUUGUCUGCCCGGAUAUUAUUAUGGGGAUGAUACCCUAUAUGUAUACCACAGGGACUGUAUUUAAGAGUACACAGAGGAAAAAUAAACACGUGGAACGUGUAGGAUUAAUCAGGAACUCAUGCAGGCAUAUGACGCGCACUAGUUAAGGUAGAUAAGUAUACCUAGUUGUGUUAUAGACUUGGUAUACACUGUAUCCUAUAUAUCCAGACUGUAUAGAAAUUAUGUGCAAAGGGAUAGCGCGUUCCAGGCAGACUUCUUGCGGCACUUCAUCUCCCGUAUCCGGCUUACAUAAUCCAUAGCAACAUCGUAACGGCUCCACUUUAUGAUCUGGUGACUGAUAUUGAACACGAGCCACCAAAUUAUAUGGAAUCCACUUGGUUAAAUUUUUGACUGAUUCAGAUAGUAUUUUUUUAUUCGUUUUUGUAAGAGUUAAAAAAUUAUUGGGGAGCUGAUUAGUUCUAGGAGUGAAUACUUUCAGUGUAUGAAUGUCGAAUGUAUAAUUAUAUUGAUAAUAAGUCAGGAUUGCUGACGGGGAUUUAAUAAAAGUAAUUAGGAGUCGUUGUUAUUCGAGCGAAACUUACUAUUAAUAUGGCGACCUGCUUUGAGGUUUAUUUAGGGCGCUGACACCUGACGGCCCUUAUUUCAAUUAGCCCUUUGACUGCAAGUAGAUUGUUCAGUACUUGCGCUUCUGGAUCGAUAUGUUUCUGCGUGUCCGUGGUCAUGUUCCGAGACAGUGGCGCUCAAUCAAAAAUAAUAUGUAUUGAGUGUUGAGUGUGUAGAUCGGAAUUAAUUUAAAUUGAAUUAAAUAGGGUUGCGUGACUAUCAGCUGUUAUGAUGUACAUGUAAAUAUUAUAGAAGCUGCUGUUCUGGAGCACAAUGGUAUCUGCCUAAAAAUAGUUCCAUUCAGAAUAAACGGCACGUCACGGACGCCACAGCACUCUUUGUUACCGUCGAAUACAAAAAAUUGUUCAAUUCGCAUCGAUCUUACAUAUUUAACUUUCAAGCCAAUUAUACGAUUGGUUUUGAUUUGACUGAAAAUUCUUUAAGCCAAAUUCCUGCUGCUUCAACCGGGUAAUACAAUACGCGGGGCGUUAAAUUGAAAAAUAUUUCCGGUAAUAAAGUUAUCCUAGUGGAAUACAGCAGCUAUGAUACCAGUAUGCGUUUGGAAUAGUAAAUGAACCGUUGAAUUGGAUUUGGAAAUGUUUUUUGCUCUGUAAAUUAUAUAAUUCAAGUCUGAUAUAUUUUUUUAAUAAAAAUAAAAUAUUACCUUGCCGGGUAUGGCUGUUGUAUAAAUACAACGUUUACGUUUGACAAACUAACUUUUGCUCGUAGUUCCUUUUUCAUGCGAUUGAACUAAAUAGAUUGAGGCGUAAAACAUCCUCAGGGACGAUCACUUCCCAAUGGAAGGAUCCGAGAGAAUAUCGGCUCCACGUCUUUGUUUAUUAUCCCAGGCCGGUUUAUACGGUAGUCCCGGGUGCUGCGCCAUAAGAGCCACACUGUGUUUUCUUUAGUCGUAGCCAGGAUAGUUCCGGAGGAGGUUUCGCUACAACGCUCCUGGUAUCCUGACUUCUUUACUUCCUUCCCUCAAUUUUCGUCUACUUAACUUAACUACUUAAAAAAAAGUAACCCGUGGUUACUCAAUACAAGAGGGAUGCCCAAGGACUCGACUUCCUCAUCGCAGGAUACGCUUCGACCGUUAGCUGUAUCGGUCAUAAGCACAACAUCUACGAAAGAGGAACGAAGAAAAACCGGACGCUUCGUUGCUGCCAGUUCUGCAUUAACUCUUACAUUGUUUGCAUUGUACCAUGGACUUCUACGUGGUGCAUCCACCAUUGCACGUAUCUUCAUACCAGCAAUAAUAAUGCUGGUGUACGUCCUAUGGGUCCUGUAUUCUGCACGACGGGACAGACUAAAGGCACUCAGACGUGCAUCGGCUAUGCAACUGCUGAACGUCGUUUCGACUCAGCCUAUGGAGGAUAACGUUACGAAUCCAGCAGACAUUAAAAAUGAAUCUAAGGACGUUACGUAAAUUUAAUAGUUUAUAUCUAUUCAUUCAUUGUUAACUCAUUAUUAUGAACCGGAUGAAAUUGUUUUUAUGUAACUCAUGCAUGAAAAACACUACUUUUCGUGCCUCCGAAUUGUAGCGAAAGUGGCGCUUUAUAUCUAUGGAUACGAUAAAAAUGCUGCGCAUGCGCAAAUCGGCCCAA